GGGCGGAGAAUAUGAGACGUACGAUCCCCCGGUAUUUAGCAACCGGACUUUCCAAGUUGCAAAAAACGCAUCAUUUCUAUUGCAACUUGUUCUCUAUCGACUGACUGCUCUAUAUACUGAAACCAUCCCAAGAAAAAAAUGACGGAUACUCACACCAACGGAAACAGCCACGCCAACAGCACCAACGGCACCAGCGCCGCCGACGACGUGGGCAAGGCCGCCAUGGACUUUUCCAUGUUCCCCAAGCCGCCCAAGUUUGACGACAAAAAGGAAGAGCGCGAGUACCUCAAGGGUCGCCUAGCUGCCGCCUUUCGCAUCUUUGCCAAGUUUGGCUUUGACGAGGGCGUUGCCGGCCACAUUACCUGCCGUGAUCCCAUUGAGCCCGAUACCUUUUGGGUCAACCCUUUUGGCGUGUCUUUUGGCCUCAUGAAGCGAUCGGACCUUGUCCGUAUUAACCACGAGGGCAAAGUGAUCGAUGGUGGCCCAUGCCGUUUAAUCAACCGUGCUGCCGUCAUGAUCCACGCUGCUGUCCACCAUGCGCGCCCAGAUGUCCUCUGCGCCGCCCACAGCCACUCCAUCUACGGCCGCACCUUUGCCUCGCUGGGCAUGCCGCUGUCCAUUUCCACACAGGACGCCUGUGCAUUUUACGAGGAUCUCGCGCUGUACAACCAGUUUGGCGGUGUUGUUCUAGACGAAGAAGAGGGUGGCCAUAUUGCCAAGGCUAUUGGCUCCAAGAAGGCUGUCAUUUUGCAGAACCACGGCCUGCUGACCACGGGCGAGACUAUUGAAUCGACAGUCUUUUGGUUCGUGUCCCUUGAGAAGCUGUGCCACUCGCAGCUCUUGGCUAUGGCAGCGUGCGCAUACCCGGGUGCGUCUAUCAAGGAGAUUGGCGAGGAGGAGGCCAAGUACACACAUAAGACAGUGGGCAGCUCGUACGCUGGAUGGUUUUCGGCCAAGCCGCUGUUUGAUAACAUUGCCAAAGAGACCGGCGAGGACUAUCUCGAAUAAUUUUAGCAGGCGUUGUAUGAUGAGAUGAUCUACGUAAUAAUGAAGUAAAUUGAGCGU